GAGGAGGAAAGAGUAGAAAUCUAGGGACAGGGGAGCGACAGAGUGAUGACGAUGGAUAGAGAGAAGGAGAGAGAGAUCGAGCUUGAGAGUGCAAUGUACACCAACUGUUUGUUGUUAGGGCUCGAUCCGGCGAUCAUCGGAAUCGGUGCCAACUCAGGUACUCCUAGAGUCGGCCUUUUCCGGCACUCUAACCCUAAAUUGGGCGAACAGCUUCUCUACUUCAUCUUGUCUUCGCUCCGAGGCCCUAUCCAAUCCGCUAAAGACUUCGACAAGGUUUGGCCGAUUUUCGAUUCGGCGCAAUCGCGUGAUUUUCGUAAGGUUGUCCAAGGGAUAAUCAGCGAACUCGAAUCGCAAGGGGCGCUUCCGAGGAGCAAUUCGAGGGUUUCUUCCUUGGCUACGUGUUGUGGACCGAGGUUUGUUGAACUUCUCUGGCAACUUUCUUUGCAUGCUUUGCGAGAGGUUCAUAGACGAAGUUUUGCAGCUGAUGUAGCUUCCAACCCAUUGCCUGCUUCUCUGACAGAUGUAGCAUUUUCACAUGCAGCCACACUGCUUCCUGUAACAAAGGCUAGAAUAGCACUGGAACGAAGGAGGUUCCUGAAAAAUGCAGAUACAGCUGUCCACAGACAGGCCAUGUGGUCAAAUUUGGCUCAUGAAAUGACAGCAGAGUUUCGUGGUCUCUGUGCUGAAGAUGCCUAUUUGCAGCAAGAGCUGGAAAAAUUACAAGACUUGAGAAACAAAGUGAAGUUGGAAGGGGAACUAUGGGAUGACCUUGUGUCUACAAGCUCAAGUCAGAAUUCUCAUUUAGUUUCAAAGGCUACUUGCUUGUGGGAGUCGUUGCUAGCUCGUAAAAGUCAACAUGAAGUUCUUGCAUCAGGCCCUAUUGAGGACUUGAUAGCUCACCGGGAGCAUAGGUAUCGCAUUUCUGGGUCAUCUUUGCUUGCAGCUAUGGAUCAAAGUUCUCAGAUUCCUUAUACAGAUGUAUUAACCGUCCAACCGGGUGAUCUAGCUUCAGGUCAUUUGGAUGACAAAGAACAGACUGAUGGAUCUUAUGUCAAUGUAAAUAGGGACAAACAGAAGAACAGUUUAGAUUCAUCUCAGUCACAAGUAAAUGAUGACACACUUCGUGUGGAUGAUAGAAGUGGAAGAGUCCACCCAACUGUUGAUAUAGCUGAAAUUAUCAGGCGCUGGACUCAUGCUUUACAACGUAUUCAUAAACAGUCACUUCAUCUGGCAAAAUCUAAUGAUGGAGAGGGUCCAGAGCUUCUAAGAGGCUCACGUGAUGGUGGUACAAGUGAUCAUGCUGAGUCUUUAGCGGCAACUCUUUCUGAACAUCAGCAACACUUAGCUAGCUUUCAGGUGCUAAUUAACCAACUUAAGGAAGUCGCUCCAUCAAUACAAAAAUCGAUAUCAGAAUGUUCAGAAAAAGUGAACGGUAUUUCCUCCAAUCUUCCUCCAAUGGCCAAACAUCAUGGUAGAUCAACAUCACCUAUCCAUGCUCAGAGCAGUGGAAGGACAGUGGAGAGUAGCACUGAUGAGGUUGCCGAUGUGACUUCAAAAUUGUCUACCAUUCAUCUUGAGAAGGUUUCAGCUAGUCCUCCUGCGUUAAAACUUCCACAGUUGUUUAGUUUGACACCAAAUUCUUCUGGAAAAAGUGGAAAUAUGAACAAACGUCAAGUUGUGGCUCCUCAAUCCAAUCAAGUAGAGAAUUUGUCUGACAGGAAGUCUCUGGAUCAACCUCUGUCAAACAAUCACUUGAAUGAUCCACCACAAGACAGUGACAUUUCUUAUGUCCAGAACCUAAAGAGAUCUGUCAGAGAAGCAGCUCUGUCUAUGCAAACCUGCAAUGUGGAAUCAUCACGAGAUAGUCACUCUGAUGAUAGCUCCGAACACUUCUUUGUUCCUCUUUCUGGGACAGGGUUCUCUCGACUGGGCCCAGAAAACAAAGCUGUUUCAGUAAGAAAUAAACAUUUGUUUGUACCUCAAGCAGAUGCUUCCUUGCUUGAGAAUCAUGUACCUGAGGAUCUUGUUGGGAGAAAGUUUGCUGAAUUACCAAAUAUGUUGAAUGAUCUGGAUUCUCUUCAUGAGUAUGAUCAUGUAAAUGGGUUUCUCUCCGCUGCUAGUCCAAUUUAUGCAGCCACUGAUGCACAAAGGCCCUUUUAUGACAUUGAGGAAACUCAGGAUAUCUUCUCACCUCCUUUGCUGAUGGACUCAUCACUGUUAGCAGAUUCUUAUGAAGACUUACUCGCACCAUUGUCUGAAACUGAAACUGCCUUGAUGGAGCACUGAAAUCUAUCUGGACAAUCUCCUUCUUGUGUUCUUCAGAAGAUGAUUGGGUCACUUCAAUGGUUUUGUAUUCACUCCUCAAGUAAGGCUGGCUUUCGAGCCCAAGCCCCUUUACUAGGUUGGGGUUGGGAUUUUCUUCCCUCCUAUAAUUUUUUGUAUGACCUGGUGUGCUUGUAUGAUUUCUUUCUUCUCUCUACCUGUUUGUAUACUUCUGCCUUAUAUGGCACCUUUGAUAUUCUGUCCUUCGCUGGGACCUAUGAACCGAUUGGCUGCGUUACUGUACAUACUGGGCAGAUGCUCGGAAUCAGAAAUCAUCUCAUCAGUCACCACUGCCCAAGCUGGACAUUGAAGAUCAGAAUCCACAGCCCGAGCAGAUAAUCGCAGCCCGGUCAAAAUCCUUCUGAAGACUAUGCCCCUGGAUGUUACCCAAAGGUGGCUAAAGAGUGACAUAUAUGGCAAGUCUCGCAGGUGCACAUUGCUGAGAAACCAUGGCCCUCUUUUAAGGAUUUUAUUUUGGUUCACUGUCAAGAUUGAUUGUUGACAAACUAAUUUUUAUGUAUUUGAUAGAUGUAUUGCUUGGGAUUUGAUCAUAUGCCUGUUGGGGAUGGAUUAGGAAUGAGAAACCAUAGAGUGGGCUUUUGGACUACUCUUUAUUCAUAUUUCCAUACUGUUGUAACCCUUCCAUUUAUUUGUUGAACUAUAUAUUGAGGUAAUUUCAAGGUUGCUGAUUUUAAUUUCCA